GCAUGUUUCCAAUUUGUUUACAAAUGGAAUUGAAAAUUUAGUUUAAUUAAUUGGGAUUCUUGAUUGUUUAUCAAUUGUUAAUUAAAUUAAUUUUAUUUCGUUCUAUUCUCUGGAAUCAUGGGUAAAGUUAAAAGUAAUGAUUCUAAACCUGGGGCAACUUUGGUUCCACAAAUGAAGGUUGAUUGGCGAGCACGAAGGAAGGAAAAGCAACAAUGGAAAAAGGAGAAAGAGGAAAAGAAAUUAGAGAAGACUCUAAAAGAAGAAGAGAAGAAAAAAGUUCAAGAAAACAUUGAGAAAGAGGAAAAAGUGAAGGGUAUUCAUUAUACAAUUAGUGUUGCUGUUCCUGGUUCCAUUUUAAAUAAUGCUCAAUCUAAAGAAUUGCGAACUUAUCUAAUUGGUCAGAUUGCUCGAGCUUGUGUUAUAUUUAAUGUUGACGAGAUUGUUAUCUAUGAUGAAUAUGCUAUUCCGGAGAGUAUGGAUGAUGAAACAUUGAAACGUGACAAUAGGAGGAAAUGUUUAGUUCAAAUGGCCAAAGUGUUACAAUACCUUGAGUGUCCACAAUAUUUACGAAAACAUUUAUUCCCGUUACACGAAGAUCUACAAUAUGCAGGUCUUCUAAAUCCCCUCGAUACAGGUCACCAUCUUAAGGAAUACGAUGAAUCCCAAUUUAGGGAAGGAAUUGUCACCAAUAGUGUCCAUCCAGAGAAAGGAGGUUGUUAUGUUAAUAUUGGCCUGAAAAAAGAUUGUUUCAUAAAGGAAUCGUUAACUCCUGGAUUAAGAGUUACGAUUGAAUUAGAUUCUGAUAAUAAUUCUGCUAAAAAAUUGAAAGGUAAACCAGUUCCACCAAAUGCACCCAGAGAUCGAACUGGUUGUUAUUGGGGUUAUUCGGUUCGACUUGCAUCCAGUUUAUCAAAUAUUCUUAAUGAAUGUCCAUUUGAAGGUGGAUACGAUUUAACCAUAGGAACAUCGGAAAGAGGUGACAAUGUCGAUGCCACAAUUGAAUCUUUACCCGAUAACUUUAAUCAUUGUCUAAUUGUUUUCGGUGGUUUAAAAGGAAUCGAAGCUGCAAUCGAUGCUGAUACAACAUAUUCCAAUAUCAGUGAUCCUAGGAAUAUAUUUAAAUUUUAUCUUAAUACUUGCCCUGACCAAGGGUCGAAUACAAUUCGGACAGAGGAAGCCAUUUUAAUUUCCUUAGCAGCUUUAAGACCUAAAUUAAUGAGAAAAACGAUAAUAAACCAAUAAUUAGCCAAUUUCCAA